AUGAGCUCCUCAUCGUCCUCGGGCCAAGUGGACCCCAAGUCUGCAACGAUGCUUUACAAGAUCCUCACCCCUUCCGACUAUCAAUCUCUCCCAGAAGGAGAAGAGGAAGAAUGGCUCGGAGCGUCAAUCGAUCUCACAGACAAGUUCAUCCACCUCUCCACCUCCUCACAACUUCCCGGAACACUGCAGCGCUUCUUCUCAUCUGCGAGCGGGGUAGGAGACUCCCUCUGGCUGUGCGGGGCUAGGCGGCAGCAGCUUGAAGAGGACAUGCAGGGAAAGAGGAAAUUGCAGUGGGACCCGGCGGCGGGCAGCGUAUUUGCGCAUGUGUAUGGGGCCAUUUACCCCGCCAAGGAGUUCGUCUUCAAGGAGGAGAUCAGGCGCGAUGCUUCCACUGGCGAAUUUGUCCUGCCCGAGCUGCAAUCUUAG